AUGGAUUGCACAUAUAAAACCAACAGAUAUCGGCUUCCUCUUCUUGAAAUUGUGGGAGUGACAUCAACUGAAAUGACAUUCUCUGUAGCUUUUGCAUACUUACAGUAUGAGAGGGUCGAUAACUAUGCGUGGGUGUUAGCCACAUUACGUGAUGUCAUGGAUGGGUUUGUUGUGCCAACAGUUAUUGUUACUGACAGAGAGCUAGCCUUGAUGAAUGCCAUACAGAAGAUAUUCCCGAGUGCCAGACAUUUAUUAUGUCGUUGGCAUAUCAGUAAGAAUGUAUUGACCAAAUGCAAGAAAAUGUUUGAGACACAGCAAAAAUGGGAGAAGUUCAACCAUGAGUGGAACUCUGUAGUGUAUUCAUCUUCUGAAAUUCAAUACGAGGAGCGUCUUAAAUCAUUACUUAAGGAAUUCAGUAGUUAUCCUGAUGCAGUCAAAUACGUCAUGGAUACUUGGGCUGAGAGUGCACAUGCAAAACUUAAAAGACAAUUGGGUUCAUGUCAAGUCUCAUUUCAGGCAUCAUUUGAGAAAAUACACAGUCUGCUUGAGUUGCAACACACUGAUAUCAAGGCUUCAUUUGAGAAAAGUCUAACUGUUGUGCAACAUCAAUUUAAACCUUCUCAAUUCAGGGAGCUACGGGGGAAUGUGUCUAUCUCUGCAUUGGAGUAUUUGCUUGUCGAGAGUAAGAGAGCCAAUUCCAUUGGUAUUGAUGUUGAAGCUUGUGGAUGCGUCCUUCGCCACACUCAUGGUUUACCUUGCGCCCAUGAGAUUGCUAACUACAUCAGACAAGAUCGUCCUAUGCCACUUGCUACCAUACACUCACAGUUGAGGCAACUUCAUAUCUCCAUAUGUAAGAAAGAAAAAGAAACGGAGGUGACUUGUCAUGCAGAAGUAGAGUUGUUUGUGAACAAGUUUAAUGAAAGUGAUAGAACCAUGCGGUUGGAGCUUUUGAAGAAGUUGAAAGAGAUUGUAUAUCCGGGAAGCACUUUUCUUGUUGAGCCGGAGGUGAAGCCCAAAACACGUCCUCGGGAUCAUAAGAAGAUCAAUGUUUCUACCCGUCGUGACCCGUGCGCAUUUGAGUUAGUGCAAUCUGGACAUGAUUCCUUCUCACCUAGGGACACGCAAAUCACUACAUUAGCUUCUACUCUGCAAACCAAGAAGAAGCGACCUGUUAAGGGAAAGGAGAAGGUGAAUCCGAAAGGGAAGGCAUACAUUACUAGAACAGUGAAACCUGGUGCAUAUGUUGAUGCUUUCCCUGCUGGGUUGAAACCAUACAUUAAGUUUGUCAAAGAUGUAGCUGCAGAUGGGAAUUGUGGUUUCAGGGCUAUAGCUGCUUCAAUUGGUCAUACAGAAGAUGAUUGGGCUCAGGUUAGGCGUAACCUAUUGGGUGAGCUGCACACACACAAAGAGGAAUACAUUACACUUUAUGGGUCCUAUGAAAGGUUUGAAGAAUUGACAAGCAUAUUGUCAUACUUUGAAGACAGUCCUGGAUACUCACAUUGGAUGACUAUGCCAGACAUGGGGCAUCUUGUUGCAUCGUGCUACAAUCUUAUGUUAUACCACUUGUCAUUACAACAAUGUCUCACCUUUUUACCUCUUAGAACAGUACCAAUACCUCAACUUGAUAGACGUGAGAUUGCCAUUGGGUUUGUCAACGGAAAUCAUUUCGUCCAGGUUUUGUUGCAACCAGGCCAUCUAGUUCCUCCUAUUGCCACUAAUUAG